AUGGUGACCCUAAAGGGAUAUUUGUGGAGCCAACGAUGGAACAUCCUGUUCACGACGCAAGUCUUUACCACAUGCGGCAUCGUGUACCAGCGCUACUGCGACAAUCAGGAAAAGAUACUCGAUCGCAACGCGCUGGCGAGCACGACCUCAACGACUCGGACAACAACAAUGCAACCGCUUCGUGAGGACAAGUGA